AUGGCCCCCAACACCGUACGUAUCUACUGUUAUCGCUUUGCUGGUUUUUACACAAAAAAAUCAGUAGGCUGAAGGUAUUUUUUUUCCAUUUUUAUUUAUUUAGAAAUCUGCAAAAGCUGCGAAGCCUGCGAAGGUUACGCGUAAGGUAGUUCCGGAUCUAUCCCCUCCCGACCCUCUCCCCAUGGAAUGCUAAUAGGGUGUGGUAGUUUGUAAUCGACGCCUCCCGGCCGGCCGGCGAUAAAAUCUUCGACGUCAGCCAAUUCGAGAAAUUCCUCCAUGACAAGAUCAAGAUUGAUGGCCGCGUCGGUAACCUUGGAGAUGUUGUUCAAAUAUCUCAGGAGGGCGAUGGGAAAAUCGUUGUGCUUGCACAUAUCCAGUUUUCCGGGAGGUAUCUUAAGUAUUUGUAUGAUCUUACUCUCUUCAUGGAGAAGGGAAGAAGAUGGGCUAAUCGUGCUUGUGUAGGACCAAGAAGUACCUUAAGAAGCACCAACUCCGGGAUUGGCUUCGCGUCGUUGCCACUUCGCCCGGUGUUUACGAACUUAAGUUCUACAAUGUUGUCGAUGAUGGCGUUGAUGAUGAUGAGGAUUAGGUUUGAGGUGAUGUUGGGAUAGAAGUUUUUUUCUUUUUUUUCUUUUUCUUCAGAGGGAAGGGUGUGUAUUGUAUUAAUGACAUAUCUUGAGUUCUGUUGUUUGGGGUGUUGUGCUAGGCGGGUUAUGGGAACUUGGAGGGGUUACUGCGGUAUGAUAUUGAGAGCGGAGGGUUGAGUGUUCGCGUGGUGCACGUUGGGAUACCAUUCCACCUGGUAUAUUCCGAAAUACGGAUGCUUUCCUCCUGGAGUUAGCCAGACUAUGCUGUGACUAUAACCCGCUGCGCCAAGCCCGCCGCAGACAUACCGG